UGAGGGCUGAGUGGAUGAGAACGAUCCGGAGAGAUGACUUCAACCCUACCAAAAACACCCGGGUCUGUAGUAGGCAUUUUAAUGCAACAGAUAUCAUUGUGACUGCCAGUGGGUUGAGAAGGUUACAAAAGGGAACGUUUCCUGUUCUCUUUGAAUGGAAUGGAUACGAACGACCUGUACCCAGACCCAGUGUUUGGGAUCGGCGUCCGCGGCCAGACAUGGAUAUCCCGGAUUCAGGAUCUGACUCCGAGAUGGAAGUUGUGACAGUGGCACCUGCUCACGAUUACUGUGUGAUUCCAGAAACAGGGGAGAGGGCAAGUGUGUUGACUGAAGAGAACGAAGCCUUGCGUCUUCAGAUCAGAGAGUUGCAACACCAGGUCGAGGUGCUACAGCUACGGCAGCGUUUUGGGAUAGAGCGUCUGGUAGGAUCAGACGCGGACAUUCGUUUCUACACCAGGUUUGCGUCCCACUCGCAUUUCAUGGCAUUUUGGAGAUUGGUGGAGCCUGCCGUGAACAGCAAGAUGGUGAGGAUUACCAGCGCCAAAACGACGGCAUCUGCCAGCAGCAGCAACACAGUCUCUCACCAAACAACGAAACUUCCACCUAUUGACGAGCUGCUGCUCUUCCUGAUGCAUCUCUCAGCCGGGUUACUUCUCAGGGACCUUGCAGAGAGGUUCUGUAUCCACCGCAGCACUGCCAGUCGGAUUGUGUCCACUUGGACACACUUCCUGUACUUCCUGCUGGGAAGCCAGCGUCUGUGGAUCCCAUCUGAAGUUGUCAGAGCUCACCUACCACCUGAGUUUUCUGCGUUUGCUGACACACAGGUGGUGCUUGAUUGCACAGAGAUCUCCUGCCAAACGCCCUCUUCUCUUCUCCUGCAGAGUGAAGUGUUUUCCAGCUACAAGUCGCACACAACAUUCAAGGCAAUGAUUGGCAUGGCUCCCCAUGGUGCCAUUACGUUUGUGUCAGGGCUGUAUGCGGGAUCCAUGAGUGAUCGGGAGAUCUUCAAACGUUCUGGAAUUGCGAAGCUGCUGCAGCCAGACAUGGCAAUCAUGGUGGACAAAGGCUUCUUGGUUGACAACCUUGCUGGGUGUAAGGUGUACCGACCUGCUUUUCUCUCUCGCAAAAAGCAAAUGAGUAGAGAGGAUGUUAGGCAGACGCAGUCAAUUGCACGUCUAAGAGUGCAUGUGCAGAGGUGCAUAAGGAGGAUCAAAGAGAACAAACUCUUUGAUAAGGAAAUACCUCUCUGUAUGUGGGAACAUUGAGGAGUUGUUCAGUGUGGCCUGCUUCCUGGUCAAUUACCAGAAUGGGCCGCUAGUAAAGGCGUGGGCAAGUCAACAGUAAAUUAAAGAUGUGUCUUGACCCUU